AUGAAGAAGCCAUUUAGAUUCCUGAAUUUUUGGGUGGAACAUGCUUCUUUUAAAGAACUGGUGAAGGAGAACUGGAAAGCUGAUUUUAGUGCCAAUCCAUACAUCAUCUUCAAUCACAAAAUGAAGAAAUUGAAAAAGGCCUUAUCAGUGUGGAGCAAGGAGACUUUUGGAGAUAUUUUCCAGAAGGUUGCAAGCUUGGAGGAAGUUGUUCUUGUACAUGAAGCUGAGUUUGAAGCAAAUCCCACAAAGUUAAACAGACAGAGAUUACAAAAGGUUCAAGCAGUUUUGAUCAAGUUCUUAGCUUUAGAGGAAAAAUACUGGAAACAGAAGGCAGGGAUGGCUUGGUUCAAGGAUGGGGAUAGGAACACCAAAUUUUUCCAUGCUCAUGUAAGAGGUAGAAGGAAGAAGCUGCAAUUAAACAGAAUUCAAAACAGGCAAGGAGUGUGGAUUGAAGAGGAGGAAAGAAAUAGCUGCAGAAGCAAUCAAGACAAUGUUCCUACAUUGAUUGACAUGGGGCAGAAUGAAGAACUAAUAAAGCAGCCAACUAUGGAAGAAGUGAGGGCAGCUGUGUUUGGAUUGAAUGGAGACGGUGCAGGAGGUCCUGAUGGCUUUACAGGCAAAUUUUAUCAGUCCUGUUGGGAGAUUAUUGGAGAUGAUUUAUUUGACAUGGUUAGAGCCUUUUUCAAUGGUCAUGACUUGCCAAAAUGUGUUACACACACCAACCUUGUUCUGAUUCCAAAGAAGAAAGAAUCAGGCUUUGUCAAAGGAAGGAGCAUAGUGGAAAAUAUUCUAUUAACCCAACAGAUAGUCACAGAUAUGAGGCUUAGAACCAAGGUAGGACCUAAUGUCAUUAUGAAGCUUGACAUGACUAAGGCUUAUGACAGACUAUCCUGGUUAUUCCUGACCAAGGUUCUAAGAAAAAUGGGAUUUUCAGAGAGAUUUAUAGGAAUGGUGUUUGCAGAAGCACUUUCAAGAGGCCUUAAUGCACUGCAUUUGAACUUAUACUUUUGUGGCUAUGGAUUGCCUAAGUGGAGUCCAAAGAUCAAUCAUCUUUCUUAUGCAGAUGACAUGAUCAUUUUCUCCUCAUCAGAUGCAACAUCACUUAGACUGAUCAUGGAGGUACUUGCACAUUAUGAAUCAGCUUCUGGACAGUUGGUGAACAAGGCAAAAUCUGCUGUAUAUCUCCAUCACUUAACAAAUAUAGAAGUGGCAAAUAAAGUGGAGAUGAUCACAGGGAUAAAGAGCUACCGGGCCUCACUUCCUCUUGAUGGGUCUCAGGAGCAUCCAGCCUUAUGCCCCGUAUUGGGUUUUGAGACAGCUCGGGAGAUGCCAAAUAGUGCCAAAAGUGAAGAUCUUAGUGCCCAAGUAGUUGAGAUUGGUCCUGAUGGCCAGUUUCAUGAAGCGACAAUUCGCCAGAUUUGGAGCGAGCGUCAAUACUUGGCGGCAAAUACCUGUGUACGUGAUCGAUCCAAAGGAGAGUUUCACCAGGGUACCAUGCUUGGUAUAGAAGGGAAAUUGCGUUUGGGAGGCCGGCCAAAAGACCCCACCUUCAGGAAUUUGUCGAGUCAUCACAAGAACAGUGGGCUUGGUUAG